GCAGACGUAGGCUAGCAAUCAUGUAGCGAAAAAAAACUGCAUACGUGGUUUAAUGCAUGGGUUGCUCUAUCAAGUGUUCGUUAGAAUUCAAGCGAUGAAGCUGGGUAGGCUUUAGAGUAUUUUUUCUCAGGUUGAGUGAAGUAGGGAGUCGAAAACUUGUCAUCAGUCCUCCCUGUGAUGUGGCCUAUUUGAUGUUGUUGUGUCGUUAGCCUUUUAGCUAGGUUGCCAGCUGUUGUUAGAGAAAUAUGAUGGCCAAUAUUAUACGAAGGACGUAACGUGAUGUUUUGCGAUAUCGCUCAAUUAAAUUAGCCAAGCAGCCUGCAAUGACGACAGCAGUAUGAAUCUGAAAAAGUCUCGAAGUGCCGGUGCCUCAUCCCCUCUGAAUGGAAUUGGGAAACAAGGUGGGUACUACGCUGACUCCAAGAGGAAGAGAAAGAUCGCUGAGAUCAACCAAGCAUUAAAUGCUGUUCCCGUGGACGUUGCCGCCCUGAGGAGGAUGGCCAUCAGUGAAGGGGGACUGCUCACUGAUGAGAUCCGCUGUAAAGUUUGGCCCAGGCUCCUAAACGUGCCCGUAGAAAGCAUACCAGAAAAACUAGAGGAGGUGCAGAGAGAAAAUAACAAAGACUAUAACCAGGUGCUACUGGAUGUACAAAGAUCUCUCAGACGGUUUCCACCAGGGAUGCCAGACGAGCAGAGGGAGGGCCUUCAGGAGGAGUUAAUUGACAUAAUUCUGCGGGUGCUCCACAAAAAUCCCCAGCUGCACUAUUACCAAGGUUACCAUGAUAUCGUCGUCACCUUUUUACUGGUCCUUGGGGAGCGCCUUGCCACUGCCCUGGUGGAGAAACUCUCCACGCACCAUCUCAGGGAUUUUAUGGACCCCACAAUGGAUAACACAAAACACAUAUUAAACUACCUGAUGCCAAUUAUAGAGAGAGUGAACCCUGAGGUUCACGAUUUCAUGCAACAGGCAGAAGUGGGCACCAUCUUUGCCCUGAGUUGGCUUAUUACCUGGUUUGGUCAUGUCUUAUCAGAUUUCCGCCAUGUUGUGCGGUUGUAUGAUUUCUUCCUAGCUUGCCAUCCUUUGAUGCCAAUAUAUUUUGCUGCUGUGAUUGUGCUGUACAGAGAGGAUGAGGUGCUGGAAUGUGAGUGUGACAUGGCCUCAAUGCACCACUUACUGUCUCAGAUACCUCAGGACCUGCCCUACGAGAUGCUCAUCAGCCGUGCCGGAGACCUUUUCGUCCAGUUUCCGCCCUCCGAGCUGGCCAGGGAGGCCACUCAGCAGCGCAGUCAACAGACAGCAGCAUCCACUUUUAAAGACUUUGAGUUGGCCUCGGCCCAGCAGCGGCCAGACACAGUGCUGAGGAGGAGAAAGAGGGAGCAAGCUCCUCUGGAGGCCCAGCCAGGGACCAUGGCGGUGGUUCAGCCCACUGCGCGACGCUUUGUAAGGCUGGCCGUCAUGGGCCUGACGGUAGCCCUGGGCGCGGCGGCCCUGGCCGUGGUCAACUCGGCAUUGGAGUGGGCCCCCAAACUUGACCUGCAGUUCUUCCCCUGAUGCUCACAUGAGAGAGGAUGAAAUCGUCUGUGAAGAAACAGCGCUGUCAUUGUGAGGACUCUUCCCAUGUCGCUUGAUCAGAGCCUCAAACACUUCUGUGUUUGUCUUAUAUUUAUUUAUAUUUGUAAAUAAAAAUCAACGAAACAAAUUAAUGUAAAACUCAGAGAGAUUAAGCAGUUUAUAUACUGGAGGCAGUGACACUUUGAUUAGAAAUGUCUGGAAAGAGUCAAUUACAGUUGAGAGGAAGGGAUAUGGAAAAAGUGAGAGAGAGAGAUAAAUGUGUUAGUUCCAGGAGAGAGCUAAAAGGCACCCAGAUCUUUAUUACUGGGAUGUAUUGGUUAGCGGUUUGAGAUCAGGCCUUCCUUUUACAUGAAUAUGUAGCCUUGUUCAUCGAAGUCCCUCAAACUCUACCCUUAGGACAGAAAAUGCCCCAACCUCCUACUAUUAUUGUGAGACCAAAAUGUUUGUUAAAGGAUCCCGUCUGUGUACAGUUCACGCUAAAUUUGGUUUUAUUCAUAAGUUAUACUUUCAGAUGGAUAGUACUCUGUGUCCCUUUUUAUAUGUAGGCUUCAAAUAAUCAAGCAGAUGUCAAACAAAAUUAAGGAAUAGCCUUUUUUUUCCGUCUGGAUUUUUGGACAAGAUAUCUGUUAUUCAAGCAUCCAGUACGAUGCUAGAUUUGCGUUAGAAUAAAACCGAGAGUGAAUUAUGGUAAAAGCUUUUUUUUUUUUUUUUUUUAAGUAUUGCACAAGUCGAUCCACUUCAGUCUUCGUGGACAUUAGUCCUACAUUGCACAACAAUAUGCUCUUGAUAUGCUUUUUUUCCAAUCUGUAUCUAUCCUCCACCACAGGAUUCAGUGCACUGAAAAAAAGGUAAUCAGAAAGUAGAAACACAUUUAUACUGAUGGAGCUUACAAGGUUAUUUUUUAACUUUCUGAAACUUAAACAGUAUUUUGUUGAACACAUCCACUUAGCACAUCUUCAGUCACAGUGAUUGCUCAUGGAAUAUCAUGCAAUUAAUAAAUAUAUUUUGAAGUACUAUUGGCAACAUGUUGAUUCAAUUGCACUAGAACAUGCUUCAUGUUUGCUCAAUGCACUUUGUAACUUUUUUUUCCUGAUAUUGCCUUUAAUAUUCAUUUGACAGUUUUCUGUUAUCUGUGGAUUAUGUUCAAAUAUGUAAUUAUUAUGUUGUUAUUUAGGAUCUUCUACAGAAACAAAAGUAAUUAUGUUUAUGUUUGAUACUACUGCAGAUAGUCAGA